AUGCUUGCUACGCCCCGAUCCACCUGCACGCAAGCCAAAGGGACCAGGUCUUGGUUCUGCAUCAGACAAGCUCCAGCGAAUCCAAUCACUGCGUUUGUCCAGGGGUUUUGCUGUACUGUAGCUAGGGUCACUGCCAACCUUGCACCCAGCACAGCUUGCAAGAUCCAUCCUAUCCCGGGGGUGAUGAGGCUAUCUUACCAGACUCGACUGAACCGACCUACCUACCUAUGUAUGUACCGUACGUAUCUGCGCUACGUACUGCCUGUUCUAGUGGUGAGGCGAGUAGCGGAUACAGUGAUAGGUAGACCAGCACUGCCGUCGACGGACCCUCGAGCGGUGCCAAACUAUCCGAAUCUUGUCUCGCAGCCCGAAACGGCGAACAAUUCUCGCUCACCGCCAGAUUGA